ACCUGCAGAGCGAAGCUUCCUUGUCUUGUCUUGUAUCAAAUGGGAUUGAUUUUCUAAACAAACACGUUUUCUUCACAUGGUGCCAUCGCGUCACCGUUAUCAGAUGAGAAAGCGGAAGCUCUAGUGUUCGUCAUCAGUGCAGAGGCUGUGUUUAUUAGUUAUUUCUCAUAUGAGCGCCUGCUUCGUCAGGUCUGAUCAUGUCUGAUUUCGAGGAGUUCGAGAAACAGCUGAACGAGAAUCGACAAGAGCGAGAGCGGGAGAGGCACAAGAGAAGGAGUCGCAGUAGCUCUGCUGGUCGCAGUAAGAAACGCCGCAGCUGGAGUAAAGACAGAAGCAGUCGCAGCAGAGGAAAGCGAAGCCGCAGUCGAGAGCGCAAGAGUCGAGACCACAGGAGCAGCUCCAGAGAUCGUAAGAAACACAGCUAUUCUCCACGUCGGACAAGGAAGAAAAAGAUGUGCAAAUAUUGGGAUGUUCCCCCUCCAGGCUUUGAGCACAUCACUCCAAUGCAGUACAAAGCCAUGCAAGCUGCUGGCCAGAUCCCCAGUAUUGCUCUACUGGCUACUUCCACUAAUGCUGGUUUGGCAGUCGCUCCUACACAAGUGCCCAUCGUUGGCAGUCAGAUGACCAGGCAAGCGCGGCGUCUGUAUGUUGGCAACAUCCCCUUCGGUGUCACUGAGGAGUCCAUGGCUGAAUUCUUCAAUACCCAGAUGAGACUUGCAGGUCUGUCUCAAGCUCCCAGCAAUCCUGUGCUCGCAGUGCAGAUUAACCAGGACAAAAACUUUGCUUUCUUAGAGUUUCGAUCAGUGGAUGAAACCACUCAGGCCAUGGCAUUUGACGGCAUUAUCUUUCAAGGACAGUCGCUGAAGAUCAGACGUCCGCAUGACUACCGCCCUCUGCCCGGCCUCUCCGAGCAGCCUGCUUUUCAUGUUCCAGGUGUCGUGUCCACAGUUGUGCCAGAUUCCCCUCAUAAACUUUUCAUUGGAGGUCUGCCAAAUUAUCUCAAUGAUGAUCAGGUUAAAGAGCUCCUGACGUCAUUUGGACCUCUCAAAGCCUUCAACCUCGUGAAAGACAGUGCCACAUCACUGUCCAAAGGCUAUGCUUUCUGUGAAUAUGUGGAUAUCAGCGUCACUGACCAGGCGGUGGCUGGAUUACAUGGCAUGCAGCUCGGCGAUAAAAAGCUCAUCGUCCAGCGGGCAAGUGUGGGCGCCAAGAAUGCCAAUCCUACCGCUGUUGUAGAGACGCCCGUCACGCUCCAGGUCCCAGGACUGCAGAGGGUGCAGAACUCAGGCCUGCCGACGGAGGUGCUUUGUCUGCUGAACAUGGUCAUGCCGGAGGAACUGCUGGACGACGAGGACUACGAGGAGAUCCUGGAGGACAUUCGUGAGGAGUGCUGCAAGUACGGCACUGUGCGCUCUAUAGAGAUCCCCAGGCCUGUGGAUGGUGUCGAAGUGCCAGGAUGUGGCAAGAUAUUCGUAGAGUACGUGUCUGCGGCAGAAUGCCAGAAGGCCAUGCAGGCACUGACAGGACGCAAGUUCGCUAACCGCGUGGUGGUCACGAAAUACUACGAUCCAGACAUGUAUCACAGACAUGAGUUCUGAAGGAAGAUACUAAUCGUCUGGAGAGAGAGAGCGAGAUGUUUAGCCAUCUAAGUAUGAAGUUUUAAUGAGCUGUAUGUGGUUUUACACUUAUUAUCUUCUACUUCCACUUACCGAUUACUUUUCCGUACUGAAAUACAAAAAAAAUAGCUCAAAGUAGCCAAGUAGGUGAUAUUUUUAGACAUCUAAUGCAGUGAUACAGUGUAAAGCGAUCUCGGCCAUAUUAAGGGGCGUUCAUACGUAGUGAUUUACACUAAUGAAGUGACCAGAAGCUAGUCUUUUUUAAAUAGGAAUUGGUCAUUUUCAGAAGCAGGCAGGUAGCAGACAGUGUGAUAUAAUGUAAUGUGAUGCAGACAUGUUAGUUCAUUUCACGAACUGCACUUUGGCAUACUGUAAUGUAAAGUCAUAACUUAUGAGUUAGAACAAAAGUAAUCUAAAAGUAACUAAAGAAGUAGUCAGAAUACAUUACCUAAUAUUUGUAAUCCAGUAGAUUACAUUACAAACUACACUUUUUGUCAUGUAAUUUGUAGAGAAUUAUAUGGUCCCUCUAAAAAUAGCUGGCUGUCGAUUUAUACUGACAACUAGCAAUUUACAUCAGAAUCAUAUCUUAUUUGAGAUCACAUUUUAAGUAGAAACGCCCACAAUUACUGCCACUUGAUGACCUCCAGUGAGGAAAUCAUUGUAUGUGUGAUUAUAAAGCUGAUUUUUGUCCUAGGCAGCUGCAACCCUUAGCAGCCUUAUGUAACAAUUUUUUGUUGGCCCCGCCCACAGUGAAAUCUCAUUUGUCCACAAAUCCUGGUUCUUACAACAAAUCAAGUUUGUUCUGAUUGGCUAAUUUUGGAGUUUUCUGAGGACAGAAAUGUUACUUGACACUUGAAACUUGUCAUGUUGUGCCUAGUGAGAACAAAGAAUAUAUUAAAAUAGAAAUUAAUGCUUAGAUUAGAUAUUGUUUUGUGUGUCCUUGUAUUAAUCUGAAUUAAAAUUUCUAGCCAGUGUUAGAAGCUUCAAACAACACUGAAAACAUUAACAGACUUCUGUUUAACUCCAACACAUUACAUGCUCUUGAAAAUAGACAGUUUUGUGAAAACAAAGCUUCUGCUUUAUACCAAUGACAGCCUAUUACUGUUUUUAUGAGAAUCAGUCUCACAAAUUAUGGCUUACUUUAUGCAACAAUUGUUUUAUUUUUGGGCUGAAAAUGAUCCAGAUUUCAUGAAAUCCACUCAAGUUGUUGGUAGUUAGAAAUACUGCUAAUAGAUACAGUAUAUCAAUGCUGUGCAGCUGCAUAUUUGCACAUGUGUACAUGUGUUUUCCUCUGUAUAUACUUCAGGUUUGAUGAAGAAAAUUUUCUAUCAUGUUUUAGAAUUCUUAAAACAUCAUAGGGUGCUUUGGACAGCUGCUCAUGCCAGAAUGUACUUGUUCUCUGCAGAAAUAUUUCUUCUAAGAUGUCAGAACAGAUUACAUUUAACAAGAAAAUGCAGCCUGAUUCUCCCCAUCGUGAAGAAAUCAAAAGCCAUGACAGAAAUACUUACAGCAUCUGUGAAAAGAUGAUCUGACACAGCAGAAAUUCUGUUCCAAGUUUUAUCUCUUAUUUCUCAUUCUUAGGAACUCAAUGUGUCAGUUGAAGACUUAUACCCAUCAGUUAAAUGUGCUUAAAUAGCUCAGUUUCUAUGGCUAGUGCUGCCUCUGCCUUGCCUUCAAUAAAUGACAUGAUCUUUA